UCGAGAAAGGACCGCUCGUGAGGCCCCAAAAAAUAUCAAGCCAAAUUCAAAAAAAAAAUCAUUCCAAAAUCCCCAAAUGUGAAAUAAAAAUAAAAUCACUAGCUCCUCCACUAAUUGCACCACCUCCCCACAUUUUCAUUGCAAAAAUGUUGAAUCUCGUUCAUAAAUGUUUAUUUACCCGCGGAAAAGUGAGACAAGUGGAUUUUUCAAGUGUGCGCUGCGGUAAAUUUAAAUUUUCAAAUGGCGGGGCGUUUUCAAAAAAUUCAGUGGACACGGGUAAAUCAGAAAUUCCGAGUUGUCGGAAGUUGAGUUUUUUUGAGAAUUUGAAGGGUCUCGUUUGCUGGGAUAGGGCCCAACGACUCCAUGAAUUCGUUGAUCAACAGCAUCGGGCCCUUGGGCCGAUAUUUAGAAUGCAUAUUGGGGCAGUCACUGCGUUAUUCAUUAACUCGCCGGAAAGUUAUCAGAGAAUCUUCAAACUUGAGGGCCCAACCCCUCAGAAUUUUGUACCUGAGGCCUGGACCCUUUACAAUCAGAUGAGACAGUGUCCCAGGGGUUUACUCUUCAUGAAUGGAGGGGAAUGGCUGAACAAUAGGAGAAUGUUAAACAAAUUUUUCCUGAAACCGUACGCAGCGAAGGAAAUAAUUUUUACAUCGUGUGAAAAUGAAGCGGUAAAAUUAUGCAACAAUUGGAAAUUAUUCGCUGACGCGGGGGAAAUUAUUCCAGACCUCGAGAAGAAGCUGUAUCUGUGGUCAAUUGAAGUUAUGGUUUCAGCACUCGUGGGAAAAACCUGGGACCUCCACAGGGAGGAAUUCUCAUCAGAUUUGGAAAUUCUCGCUGAAAAUCUCCACCAGGUUUUCGUCCAGAGUGCAAGGCUCUCAUUUCUACCCGCAAAAUUAAUCAUGAGAUUUCAAUUUCCGGUUUGGAGGAAAUUUGUGAGAGUAAUGGACACGAGCCAGAAUGUUGCUAAGGGUGUAGUUCACAAAAUAUCAAAAAUCUCUGAUAAUGGGCUUUUCGAUUUGAUGAGAGACUCGGGAAUUCCAGAUGAAAAUCUCGUUGCAAUUAUUGCUGAUUUAAUUAUCGCUGCUGGUGAUACGACGACAUAUUCGACACAGUGGGCCCUCUAUCUACUCGCGACUCAUCAAGACGUUCAAGAGAAAUUAUUCGACAUUUCCCGAUCGAAUUCUCCUCAAGAAAUUAUAAAUAAUUCGUACGUGAAGGGAAUUUUGCGGGAAUCUUUGAGACUUUAUCCAACGGCUCCAUUUCUCAUGAGAAGUUUACCUGAGGAUAGCAUCAUUGAAGGCUAUAAAAUUAACAAGGGGGAGCUCAUGAUAAUGUCUAUGUACUCGAGUGGAAGGGACAACAACAAUUUUCCAGAAGCCAGUGAAUUUAAUCCAUUGCGAUGGACCCGCGAUAGCCGAAAUAAAUACGAAAAGGUGACGAAUCCCCUUGGAACUCUGCCCUUCGCAGCUGGUGCCCGUAGCUGCGUUGGUAAAAAAGUAGCCGAGACACAGAUAGCCUUGACAAUAUCUAAGCUGGUGAAAACAUUCAGAAUUACCUGUGACAAUGCAGAGAAGGUAAAAAUGAUUCUCCAUCUGAUCUCCGUGCCCUCCGAGCCCCUGAAGCUUCGACUGACGACUCGCAGUAAAUGAAAAACCGAAUGAAAUAUUAAUCAA